AAAGAUUUUAGUCCUUACCGGACCAACCAAUGAAACCGGUCUUAGCUCACACGCUCUCAGGCGCUAAUUAUAAACAUUUCGGGUUUUCAGUAUCUUAGGCUUUUUUCCACCCAUAUUUUCACUGAUAUGAAAUCAAUCAAAAAAACUUAAUUAUGGUCUAGUUAGUGACCAGGGUAAAAUAUAGACAUUAAGGUCAAAUAUGCCUGAAAUGUCUUGCAAACAUGCGAACCAAUUCUUCACACAGAAGACAAAUGAAAUUGCAUACAAAAAUAUAAUUAACCAUCUUGCUUUCCCAAAGUCCAAGCGUGAAUUCACUCAUAAGGCUUCAUUAUAUUGCACUUUAUGCAAAACACGAGGUGAAGAUUUUGACGUUUGCAAUAAAGAUUUGAUAAGACCUAGAUGUUUGCUCGCAUGUGCUCAUUGUAUUCAUUUCGCUUGUUGGGAUUAUCGUCAUAUAUAUUUACACAGAGAAGACCAUCCUGAUCAUUAUCUUUCUGUUUGUACAGAACGUGGUGAAUUAUUUUGUACUGGUUGUGGUGAUUUUGUUUACCAUUCUGUGGCUGAAAGUUUUCAUCAGUCUGCAUGUCGCACUUAUUUAGCUCAAUUUGGUUUAUCCAAUCGUUAUUGGAGACCAUCGUUUAAUGAAUUACGCCUCAUACCUCAUAUCACUCCAGUAUUACCCUUAACUGUAAAUGGCUGUUCUGGAGCUAUGCGUGGUCUUAUCAAUAUGGGCAAUACAUGUUUCUUAAAUGUUGUCAUACAAGCGUUGACGCAUACACCCGUUUUACGGGAUUAUUUAUUGGCUGAUUUACAUAGGUGUUCAAGUCCAACUCGAUCACGUAACUGUUUAGCUUGCGAAAUGGUUCGCAUUACACAAGAGUUAUAUAAACCCGUUGUUACUCCAUUUGUACCAAAUAAUCUACUGUAUGCAAUUUGGUUACAUGCAAGUCAUUUAGCUGGUUAUGAACAACGGGAUGCUCAUGAAUUUCUUAUAACAUUGUUGACUUUAAUACAUGGUCAUCUUGUCGGCGAGGAAUCACCACACGAUCAUGAAGAGAAUUGUACAUUGACUGGACAAAAACUUAUCAAUGAUCAACAAUCACGCUCUUCUAAUCCAAAUCGUAAUUUUAUUAAUACAAAUCAUAAUUUACUACAUCAUCAUCAGCAUAAUAGUAAAGUGAUUAGAGAAACGCCGAAAAUAAUCAAUUCAACUGAAUGUAUUCCACAACCGGAUUCAAAUUCACAAGCAUCAUCAGUAUCGAGUUCUCGAGAAAGUUCCGAUUCUUGUGAUUGUAUUGUUCAUCAGGUGUUUUUUGGUGAUUUGGAAUCUGUCAUAUCAUAUGAAGGUUGUGAGCAUAGAUCAUCAACAGUAGAUCCAUUCUUAGAUCUUUCAUUAGAUGUAAUUCAACGUGGUUCUACUUCAUUGCAAGCAUGUCUUGGAUCCUAUUUUCGACCAGAAUUAAUUGAUGGUUUAAUAUGGUGUUCACAAUGUAAUAUUGGUCGACCGGCUGUUAAACAAUUCAGUUUACUUCAUUUACCUAAUGUUUUAUGCUUUUAUCUCAAGCGUUGUCAUCAUGAUACGAAAAUCAAUACAUCGAUCGCAUUCCCUGUUGAAUUGGAUAUGGCUCCGUAUUUACAUCAAAUUGUCGGCGAUCAAUCAGCUUGGUAUGAUAAAUAUUCUCUAUAUGCUGUAUUAAAUCAUAGUGGUCAAACUAAUUCUGGUCAUUAUACAGCUUAUAUACGUGUUGGUCCUGGUGCUUGGUGUUUAUGUGAUGAUCAAAAAGUUGUAUCAGUUAAUUUAAAUGAUGUUUUACAUACAGAUGCAUAUGUAUUAUUGUAUCAUAAGAAUUUAUUAGCUGUACGCAUUUAAAUUUAUCUCUUCUUUUCCCUUUCCUUUCCUGCUUCUCUCUCCCCCCCUAUCCCUCUGUCUCUCUCUCUCUCUCUUGGAUAUUUCUCCAAUUUAUUCCCUCCCCCCGCUUUUUACCAAAUUAUGCACCCCUCUCUCUCUCUCAGAAAAGGAGAACAACAACAACAACAAAAAAUAGAAAAUUGUAUUUCUCUUUUUUUUAUAGUGAAAAAUGUUUAUUUAUUUUUUUUACAAAAAAAAGAAAAGAAAAGAAUGCACUGUCUAUUGUUGUUAUUGUUUGUUUCACUGUUUACUUUAUUCUUUGCUUAAUACUCGACUAUUACUAUGAUUGUUGUGUUUUUAUAACUAGGGCGUAAUCUUAUUAGUAAUAGUAAUUUUUAACAUCAUCAACAACAACAACAGCAACAACAACCAAUUGUCUUUCAUGGAUUGAUUCAAAAGCAAAAAAAAAAUAAAAUGGUUACCUCUUCAAUUCUUAACUAUUCCACCAUUUUAAUCUUUUCUUUUUGUUUGUUUUUUCUCUCAACCGGUGAAACUAUCAUUUAUGGAUGAACUAAUCAGGGUUUAACAAAAAAAAAAGAUAACAGAUUUUAGAUUUUUUCGACACAAACGUCACUCACACAUCUAAUUUGAUUAAAUAAAGUUUUGACAUGAUAGUUCAUGAUGAAACCGCCUCUCAACUCCCCCACCACUCCCCUCCUGAAAAAAAGAUCUAAUUUCUAACGUUAACAAUCCAUUGUAAAUCAUCAUUCGAAUUCUUCAUAUUGGUUUAUAACGUUCAUUUUGAUCCUGGUUAUUAAAUGGAUAUUAUCAAGAUCAAUGUAGCAUCAUUCAAUGGUAUAUUCAUAAAUUAUAGUCUUACUGAAUAGAUCUGUAUAUUUAGUAUUUUUCACUAUUUAUAUACAAACUUUUCUUCAAUUAUGAUUCUAGUUCUUCUUUGUUUUGUUUCUCAAUGUAUCUAUGUUUGUCUAUUCUACAAAUGGUACAACAUUAUUUAUAUUGUAUUAUUGAAAGUUGUAAGAAAUAUAUAUAUAUAUAGAUGUUC